AUGUGUGGUACUGAAAUUCAAUUGUUCCUCAAAAGAUUAUACUUUGCUUCAAAUCCAUGUAUUCUGGACAUUGAAGGGGUUAUAGUGGCUGUAACUUCUACUGAUAUCUUGUUCCAUCUUGGAAAAGAAGAAAUUUCAUAUCAACAGAUGCCUGACAGAUUAGGAAGAUUGUGCAGUCACAUAUUAACUCAAAGAAACUUUUACCCAUUGUAUCCUCCAAAUGAUGAAGUGAAUAUCAACUAUCUUCGGUAUGAGUUAAAUGCUGGUAUUCCCAUUCUGCCUCAUAUUUUGAUUUUGCCAUCAGAUUUCAGAUACUUCAUCAAGGUGUAUAAUGUUUGUUGA